GAAGCAGGAGAGAGCGGGAGAGAAGCACGUAGGAGGCGCGGAGGCGAAGGAGGAGGAGGCCUUCUCAUCGCAGAUCAGUGCUACUGACAGGAAGGACCACGUCCAGCCUUCGCUCGCUUGCGCUCGGGGCGGAAAGGAACCGCCCCGAGCUCCUUUGAACAAUCUCGAACGUCCUCAAGGUCAAAACCCCUGCCAGGGCACGAGGUCAACCUUCUUGUCCUGUGGCUCCGGCCACCACAGGGCAAGCCCUUGAAGACACUUCAGACCCGGCAGGGGGUCCGGGUGCUGGCAUUUUGGGCGAAGCCCUAGCAUUUGGAGACCUUUUGCGUGAGAAGUUUGCGCAGGUUGUUGGCCUUUCAAGCGCGUCUACUGUUGAAAGCUCUUCACUAGCCGACAACUUUUCAAGUCGGGGACAAGGACAGCCAGCAUCCUCCUACGAGCCUGAGGAGCAGCAGAACCGUCCUUGGCAAGCGCCACAAACCGUGUACCUAGAGGAAUUUCACGGCAGCCAGAAGUAUUCCGAAGAUCAACCGAGGAGGGAGACAAGCGGAAAGAAACUUCCAACCGGGUUUGCCAGAAAUCCGUUCCUGCAAGACUUGCACGGGACCAAAGGACAAAAGUCUGUUGCUGAGACCAAGAGACCUCUAGAGAAUAGAGAGUCGACUUCUUUCAAGUCAGACAACAGUUCAGAAGGAGCGCCUGCAGACAAAACAGAAGAUUUCGGAGCUCCACAGCGCAUCCUCAAGUCGUUUCUUGAUACAUUUAACAAUUCAUUCAUUGGAGAAAGCUCUGAGGGUCGAGGCUCAAAGGCUGAGAGUGUUAAUUCUGCACAAGGCGCUCAGGAGUCUCCCGUAGAUUCAAAUCCUACCCGUGCGGAGCCCAGUGCGGUUGAGCUCUUAGACGGAACCCCAGCCAUGGUGCGAUGCAUGCGCAAAGGUCAUGGUGCGCUGGAGUGUCCAGUUUGCCUCCAGCUGUUCAACAGGCCUGUCACACCUGUCAACGCCGAGUGCAGAUGUACAUUCUGCGAAUCGUGUUUUGUGAACCUGGUCAAGUUUGGAGGACGAUGCACGAAAUGUGGGCGAGGGCUUCCUCGAGAUCCGAUGCAAGCUGUUGUCAACGCGGAAGUGUUGGAAGCGAUACAAGCUUUUCAACAAUAUGGAGGGGAGGACGCCGAGUAUGCUACCCUUAUGACUGGUUUGAAGGGCAAACCCGACAGGCCCAAGUACCAAAUCUUGAACAUGGAAGAAUUCAAGCUUGAUCCGAAGCCUUUGGCUUCGGGGGCUUAUGGUCAAGUAUUCCGAGGAACAUGGCUAAAGCAGAAUCUGCCAGUAGCAGUGAAGAAAGUUCUACGAACAAGCGUCAUGUCCCGAGAGCAAACGAUCGAGAGCUUCAGAAAAGAGGCUGAGAUCCUGGCAAUGCUUGAUCACCCCCAUGUGCUCAAGUUGUACGGGGCUGUGUUGGACGAAGAGAACAUUUGUAUCGUGACGGAGUUGGUGCCAGGCGGCUCUCUCUUUGAUCUGAUUCACACGAAGCCGUUGCUGAAGCCCGAGGCUGUCAUAGCGAUCAGUACGGGAGUCUGCAAGGGCAUGACUUACUUACACAGCAUGGGAAUCAUUCAUCGCGACCUCAAACCUGGCAACCUUCUGAUGGGGGCGGUCGCGUCUCCUAGUGGUCCGCAGCUGGUUGUCAAAGUCGCAGAUUUUGGCCUUGCGCGGGUCCAGGAUUCUGCGAGGACCAUGACGGGGGGAAUAGGAACGAGUCAAUAUACAGCACCAGAAGUGCUUAGAUCAGAGCGAUACGAUCACAAGGCUGAUGUGUACAGUUUCGGGGUUAUCUUAUGGGAGAUUCAUGCUCGAAAGAUCCCAUACUCAGAAAUGAAUCAAAUGCAAAUAGCAGUGGCGGUUGCCACGCAAGAUCAACGGCCACCACCUCCCAAGAACUGUCCUGCACCCUUCUGGCAGCUGAUGCAGACUCGUCCGCACGAUCGCCCGUCCUUCCCAGAGGUCCUCUCACAACUCGAGGACAUGCAGUUCGUGUUCAACCUGGCAGCGAGUGCUCAUGGUUCCAUCCGUGCCAGCUCAGCGAUGCGGCAACAGCAGUCGCAACAGAACGCAAACGCGUUGCAACAACAGAAGCAGCUUGCUGAGCAGCAAAUGAGGAUGAAUAACCUACAGAUCGAUCCGCAUGCGAGGCCUGCAGCGAACAUUAAUUAUUCUCCACAAUCUCCCAUGGAGCACUUAAACACGCCCCCAGCAGAGGCCGUCUCGCCGAACAUGCAGCAGUACCGAGAGAGCAAGAAUCUCUACGUGCCUGAGAUGUUCGCGACGAUCUCAGAAGCGAUUGCAAACGCUCAGAUGGAGGAUCAGAUCUUCGUGUCUCCUGGCCAUUACGUGGAGACGAUCUCUAUCAGGAACCUAACUGUUUCGAUCGUUGGAAACGGCAACAUGCAGAACAUUCUUCUGGAGGGGCCGACCGGCGCCAUGGUCAUCUCGCAAGAAGGCGGCCUCGUGCGCAUUAGCAACCUCAUGAUCAGGAGCGCGGACGCUCCUGCCUACAAGUUAGUUGGAGGACAACUGAUAAUGGAGGAUUGCAAUGUGAGCGGAGGGAAGAUGGGCCUCUGGGCGUACGGGGGAUGCGAGUGCUGCAUCCGUCGAUCUGUCAUCUGCCGAUGCGAUCGGCAAGGAAUGUAUUUAGGGGAAAAAUGCGUCGCAGUGGUGGAGUCCUGCAGCAUUUUUGAGAACGGCGAUCACGGGAUUCUUGUGCUCAACGAUGGAGCACGGCUGAGCAUGACGCGGAGCAUGGUCUCUUACAAUCAGGGAGCAGCUGUCGCCAUCGAUCAGUUUGCGGGAGGGAAGGUGGAGAACAACGACCUCAGGAACAACAUGCAGGGCCCUUGUCUCGUGGGCGUCCAGAGUCAAAACUUGGUGUCUGUCACCAACAACUUGACCUGAGCUACUAGAGCAGUGACUGUGUGACUUACAACAAACUUUUACUCUCAC